CUCACUAGGAAAUAAGGCCCUAUGUCCAAAAUUCCGAACUGUCCCUUUAAAUAUCAGUUUAAAGGAUUAGCUUAUAUUAUUUUAACAGUUGUUACAAAGAUCUGCCUUGUCAGAGGUCUCCAUGUGCCCGUAGCCUAUACUGCCACAACCACAAGUAAUCUGACAACAAUACAGAAAGAUGUGCUCUGUAAAUUUUCUAGUCUCCAUGGAGAUGCUAUACUGUGCCUGGAGUGUUCCAUAGUAUAGCAUUAAACUAAUGUAUCUUGCAUUUAUUCAAUUAUACACCGCAAAAAACUAAAUCUAGUCAAGUACAUAUGACUUGAAUUAAGAAAGUUUUAUCAUGAUUUGAGUAAAUUUUACCUGACAAGUAAAAUUAUCUGCCAGUGGAAUAAGACUUUUUAUACUUUUAACAGGAAAAUACAUCUUGCUACAUUUAAAAUAAGAAAAACAACAACUUUUUGCGCUUACAAUAAGAAACAAAAUCAAAUGUUGCUUGAAUUAAGAAAAACACACUUAUUCCACUGGCAGAUAAUUUUACUUGUCAAGUUGAAUUUACUCAAAUAAAGUCAAAUGUUCUUAAUUUAAGUCAUUUUAACUUAGCUAGAUAUUGUUGUUGUUUUAAUUUUUUUUCUUUUCCCCAUGCAGUGGUUCUUAUUGCAAAAAAACAAAAACAUGAAAAACCUUUAUUCUGUAUUCUGUGUGUGAGCAACCUCUCCACAGAUCUGACCUGUAACUUGGCUUGGUUGCAUCACUUUUAUGGUAAUAGAUUUUUUAUUUUUUUUUUUUUGCAAUAUUUUGGAAAACUAAUCUACAUGGAGACAGGAAGGUCACAGAGCCUCCAUCAAAAAAGGGACACAGUACAGUUUUAAAGUUACAAUGCACUGUUUGGCUUAAUAAAUCUUCUUUUGUUUUAAUCCAUUCAUCUUUUUUUUAUUUUCUUGUAACAAAAAUGUUAAAUAUACAGCGUGUUCUUCAUCUUUCAGCUUCAUUUGUCGUAUUUCCCGUCAAACAGAAGUCGAUGUGUGAACGUGACACCUGCUCGUCCUAUCAGUGUUUUUUUUUAGAUGAAACCAAGUCAAACACGAGCUCCUCAGAACGGGCCUGAUUAAUGGAUUGAAAGUAAAGGGCGGCGCGUGUGACGAGAGACAGUCACCUGGGACGGCCGUGCGCAGAGCCUAUAAAAUCCUGGAGACCAUGAACGCACCACGAGACCACCCGGCAGCCACAGAAGAAGAGACCGCACCAGCCACUCACUGUACAGAGGAGAGACACAGACGCUGCAAAAAUGAGAAGCACAUACUCUUUGGCUGGACUCCUGCUCCUUGUUCUUGUCCAGUGCAGUUGGCAGAUACCAGACCAGGACCAAAACUCCAUGCUUUUAGUGGAAAACUCUGAACCAAUGGAGAGCACCAACGUGAAGAGACAUUCAGAGGGAACCUUCUCCAACGACUACAGCAAAUACCUGGAGACGAGACGAGCGCAAGACUUUGUCCAGUGGCUCAAGAACUCCAAGAGGAACGGCCUUUUCAGACGCCACGCAGAUGGUACAUUCACCAGCGAUGUGAGCUCCUACCUCCAGGACCAGGCUGCCAAAGAGUUUGUGUCCUGGCUCAAGACCGGCCGGGGCAGGCGAGAGUAGAACCCCCAACCCCGCCGCCACAAUAAACCAGUACAGCUCUCUCUCUCUCGCUCUCUCUGUACACGCCAUCUUCUGUCCAAUCUUCUCUCGUUUCCCCCCUUUCAAAUUAUGAUUUAAAGUUGCACCGUGUAACUUUUCAUCCAAUGUUUUUGUCUGUGGAGAUGUUACUGCUUUGUCUGGAAUGUUUCAAAGUAUGGCAUUAAACUUUUCUACCUUCAUGGAGACCAAACCUGAGCAAGUUACAGGUCAGAUCUGUGGAGAAUCCCUGUUUUUAUAGGUAUUUUUAAGCUAAAAAACCACCUGUAAUUGAGUAACUAUAAGGUAGAGAUUUUUAAUGUCACACUGUGGAACAUUCCAGACAGCGCGAUGACGUCUCCAUAGCAACAAGCAAAUGAAAAGUUACAUAAUGCCGCUCUGAUCCGCCAUCAUAUUGUAAAACGUCACAAUACCUUAUGUUACAUUCGUUUUCAACAUAUGGGAUUCAUUUUGUUCACUUAAGCGUAUUGUAAUCCUGUUUUAUUUUUUUGUUUUUUUUUGUUUUUUUGCUUUCAACUUCUUCUCUUCUCCCUCCAGACAUCAUCUCAAAUUGCAAUCUGUAGAUAAUCUAUACUAUCUUUCUUAUUCAUAAAGUCAUAUUUAGUUUUCAAUAAAGAAAUGUGAAUAAUCCUGGACUCGUAACUUUUGCUGCAAACGACAA